AUGCAUCGGACCCGGAAACCCAACGUGUGCCUCCAGCUGAGCCGCCGGGCGCUGGGCUGCUUUUCACGCGACGCAGGCGUGGUGCAGAGGAUGAACUUGAGCAUCCUGCGGGUGCUAGUGUGCCAGGAAAGUACUAAAUUUAAGAAUGUUUGGACAACUCAUUCCAAAUCACCUAUAGCCUAUGAGAGAGGAAGAAUAUAUUUUGACAAUUAUCGGUGCUGUGUUAGCAGUGUUGCAUCAGUGCCAAGAAAACUUUAUGAAAUGCCAAAAUGUUCCAAGUCUGAAAAGAUAGAGGAUGCUUUAUUAUGGGAAUGCCCUGUGGGAGAAAUACUUCCCAGUCCAUCAGAUUAUAAAUCCUCACUCAUUGCACUGACUGCUCAUAACUGGCUACUUCGUAUAUCUGCCACCACUGGAGAAAUCCUUGAGAAGAUAUAUCUUGCUUCCUAUUGCAAAUUCAGAUACUUGAGCUGGGACACUCCUCAAGAAGUGAUUGCAGUCAAGUCUGCUCAGAACAAAAUCUCUGCAGUGGCCCGCCAGGCAGGCAUUCAACAGUCUGUAUUGCUGUACCUUGCAGUAUUCCGUGUUCUACCUUUUUCACUCAUAGGAAUUUUGGAAGUCAACAAAAAAAUUUUCGGGAAUGUUACAGAUGCUACCUUAUCUCAUGGAAUACUGAUUGUGAUGUACAGCUCAGGACUGGUCAGGCUCUACAGCUUCCAAGCCAUCACUGAACAGUUCAUGCAACAGAAACUUGACUUAGGGUGUGCAUGCAGAUGGGGUGGGACUACUGGAACUGUAGGAGAGGCUCCUUUUGGCAUUCCUUGUAAUAUUAAAAUCACAGAUGCACCACCGCCGCUCUUUGAAGUGUCCUCUCUGGAGAAUGCUUUUCAGAUUGGGGGUCAUCCUUGGCAUUAUAUCAUCACCCCUAACAAGAAGAAACAGAAAGGAAUCUUCCAUAUCUGUUCCCUAAAGGACAAUUCCUUGGCAAAAAAUGGGAUCCAAGAAAUGGAAUGUUGUUCUCUAGAAUCUGAUUGGAUUUAUUUUCAUCCUGAUGCUUCUGGUAGAAUAAUACAUGUUGGCCCAAAUCAAGUCAAAGUUUUAAAGCUAAAUGAAAUAGAAAAUAAUAGUUUCCAACAUCAGAUCUCUGAAGACUUUGUUAUUUUGGCCAACAGGGACAAGAACAAAAAUCAAAGCUUAUUCACUGUUACAGCUUCUGGACGAGUAGUGAAAAAACACUUUAACCUUCUGGAUGAUGACCCAGAACAAGAGACUUUCAAAAUUGUGGAUUAUGAAGAUGAGUUAGAUUUGCUUUCUGUGGUAGCUGUUACUCAACUAGAUGUGGAAGGGAAAGCUCACUUGGAUUUCCACUGUAAUGAAUAUGGAACUUUACUAAAAAGCAUUCCAUUAACGGAGUCCUGGGAUGUGACUUAUAGUCAUGAAGUCUAUUUUGACAGAGAUUUGGUACUACACAUAGAACAGAAACCCAACAGAGUCUUCAGCUGCUACGUUUACCAGAUGAUAUGUGCCACAGGGGAGGAAGAAGAAACUGUAAAUGUAGCCAGAAAUUGUUAA